AUGAAGUUUUCAUUGAUCGUAUUGAGCCUACUGGCUCCGUCUUUUGUUGCGCCGAAGUCUCUCAGGCUAUGGUCCAGAAGACAGGACCGUAUAAUCGGGGGUACCGAAACCACCAUAACGGAGUACCCCUGGCAGCUGUCUCUCCUCCUCGAAGGGUCCCACAGGUGCGGAGCUUCCAUCGUCACCUCCAACUGGGCGCUGACGGCUGCCCACUGCAUCGACGGUGCCCCAGCAUCUCUGUUGACCGUGCGUGCCGGCUCCUCGUACAGAAACAGUGGUGGGACUGUGCUCGAUGUAGCACAGGCUAUCAAAAACAAAUUGUUCUACAGCCCGGUUGGCGACUAUGACAUUGCGAUGGUGCAGCCCGCUGAGCCAUUCCCGCUGGUGUCUGAUGUGCAGCCCGUGGGCCUUCCAGACGCCGGAUAUGAUCCUCCAACAGGCCUGGCCGUUACUGUGACGGGCUGGGGACUGAUAGGGACCGGUGGAAGCUAUGCAAACACACUGCUGAAGGUGGACAUUAAUAUUGUCGAUCGCUCUACUUGCCAGGAAAACAUGGGUAGCCUCAUAACGAAGCGGAUGGUGUGCGCCGGUGAGGCAGGCAAGUCUGUCUGCAAUGGGGACUCGGGAGGUCCACUCGUCGGUGGUACCACACAGCCCGCUGAGUCAUUCUCGCUGGGGUCUGAUGUGCAGCCCGUGGGCCUUCCAGACGCCGGAUAUGAUCCUCCGACCGGCCACGCCGUUACUGUGACGGGCUGGCGAACGACAGCGGCCGGUGGAACUUCUGCAUCCGCACUGAUGAAGGUGGACAUUAAUAUUAUUGAGCGGUCUACUUGCCAGGAAAACAUGGGUAGCCUCGUAUCGAAGCGAAUGGUGUGCGCCGGUGAGGCAGUGUUCGUAUUGUGCCUGCUGGUGCCAGCUUUUGCGGUGCCAAGUUCUCUAAGGCUGUGGUCCAGGAGAGAGGACCGCUUAGUCGGUGGCACGGAUACCACCAUAACGGAGUACCCCUGGCAGCUGUCUGUCAUCUUCGAAGGUUCCCUCAGGUGUGGCGCUUCCAUCAUCAGCUCCAACUGGGCACUGACUGCCGCCCACUGCAUCGACGGCCUCUCAGCGUCAAUGCUGACCGUGCGUGCUGGCUCCUCGUACAGAAACAGUGGCGGAACUGUGCUCGAUGUUGCACAGGCCAUCAAAAACAAACUGUACUACGCAAUUAACGUUGACUACGACAUUGCAGUGCUGCAGCCUGCUGAGCCGUUCCCGCUGGGGUCAAACGUGCAGCCAGUGAGCCUUCCAGAGGCUGGAUACGACCCUCCGAGUGGCCUUGCAGUUACUGUGACGGGCUGGGGACGGAUAGCCAGCGGUGGCAGCGCCCCGACAGUCCUGCAGAAGGUGGACAUCAAUGUCAUUGACCGCACUACUUGCCAGGAUACCUUCUUAGGCGUCAACAUGGUGACGAAGCGGAUGGUGUGCGCCGGUGAAGCAGGCAAGUCCACCUGCGAUGGGGACUCUGGCGGUCCGCUCGUCAGUGGUUCGACGCAGAUCGGCAUCGUGUCCUGGGGAAAUACUCCGUGCCAGGAGAGCGGCGCCGUGUUCACAAACGUCGGCGAACUUCGCUCUUGGGUUACCAACACUACCGGAGUGUAA